UAAAAUCACAUUCGCUUGGCACAACAGCCAUGUGAACGACCACUAACUUGCUUGCAGACUUAGGUAGACUGUUACGGCGAAUCAAUCCAUUUGCGGUGGCUUUCAAGUAAUAUAUAUUACUUUAAAUUAUUAACAUAUUAUACAUAAUCUAGCAAAAUGCGUACAUCACACUCAUUAUUAAUGAGUCAUUAACAAACUAUAUUUGUAAAAUCAAAUAAAAAUUUUUCUAGUUGUAGUGUGUUGAACACACAUUACAUUAGUAUAGGUAUUGCACAUUAACGUAUUUCUAUAUGAUAAAACGAAUAACUUUGGCUAACAUUGCAUUGAAUACACAUUCGUGUAGACAGUAGUGCAACAUUUUUGUUUAAAAAUUUAUAGUUUACAUUAUAAUUACUACUCACUCAUUAAAAAAUUGUUGAUAGAACCAAAUGCUUGAUAGAGUUGGAUUUCUCCUGCCAUCACCGGUGUUCACGCACGGACAACUGUAUGUAGCGUUUUCCCGAGUGCGGAACUCUCAAUCCAUUAGAGUUGGUAUGUACAGUGAUGACCGUGGUAGAUUCGAUUCUAAAAUAUGAAGACCAUGAUUUGCCAUAUGCACACCAUCGAUGUUGUGCGCACACAAUAACUUUAAUAGCAACAAUGGACUCUAAAGAAGCUUUGUCUAAUAUUGCAUACAAAAAACCGUCAAGAAGCACAUUUGCCAAGUCUACCGCUUUGUGGAAUAAACAAGGUUGCUCAACUAAGUCAGCUGAUUUAUUUAAACAAAAUCUUGGUGUUUAUUUAAUUACACCCAUCGAGGCACGUUGGAAUUCACUGUAUGAUUCAGUGGUGCUGCUUAAUAAAUUAAUUUAAAAUAAUGAACUUAAGUUUAGAAUAAUAAUGGACAAAUUGGCUUUUGGCAGAUUUAAUAGAAGUGAUAUUUAUUUCAUGUGUCAAUAUCAAACAAUUAUGGGCCCUAUUUCAUUAAGCUUGGAUUUACACCAAGGUGAUACUAACAUGUACUUUGGUCAUUUCCUACCUAUAAUUGAAGAAUUAAUUUAUAAAUAUGAAUUAAUGAAAAGUGAUCAAACAGUUUCUAAUUAUUUGAAAUCUCUGGUGACUGCCAUACCUAUUGGUAUAAAAACUAGGUUUGCCGAUUAUUUGAUAGACAAGUUUUUAAUUACUGCUGCAGUCUGCCUCCCACUAUCUAAAAAAGCAUGGAUUAAAAAUGAUAUAAAAAAGCAAUUGGCCUCAGAAUAUUAAAAAAGUGCCCGUUAUGACUUAAAUACCAGUGAUAAUGACAACAAUGAUGUAGAAGAUAACCAAAUUUUUCAGGUAUUUGUGAAGCACAACACUCCACUACCUAGCAGUGCAUCAGUAGAGAAGAGAUUGUUUUGUGUUGGUGAAGCAACAAUACAAAAAAAGAACAAAUAUGACGGAUCAAUAUUUUGAACAAAUAAUGUUCUUAAAUUGCAACUUCAGCUACUUUUGACAGUUGAUGUACAACAACCUACUAUUUCAAAAAACUAAAUUAUACAAUAAUCCCACAAAUAUAUAAAUAUAUAUUACAAAUAAAAUAU